UUGAUGAAAGGCUUGAGGGAUAGACUAUGUAUGGAAGAUAUUGCACCGUACAGUCCUAAAAUCCUACUAUAAAUUCCCUUUCCGCAACUCUUUGCUUUGUUCGAAACCAGGUCUCGCUCUUUCAGUCGCUCGAUCGACUUUAUAAGGCUACAUAGUUUGGAGGUUGAGGCCACUCAUAUGACACAUCCGCUUCCUUAAUUGUUAUCUUUGGCGCCAAGUGUGCUAAAACCUUCAUGUUAUUUUCUUUUCCUCCAUUAUCUAGUACUUCAUUGCUAGAAGGGAACACGAAGUAUGAACCAGAAGAAAUGCUGAAAUAAAAGAAAAUCAAAGUGCUGAAAUAACAGAACUGGUUCUGGCUCAGGAAUUACCAGAAUUCAGCUUUUUGUGACACUAAAAGAAGUUCGUGGGGUCUAUUAAUCUUUGGAGGUUGAUUCUUCAUCUUGGAGGUCAGAUAUGAGUCGGGAGAGGUUUUAGUUCCACUUAUUUUCUCAAAAGUGACAAGAUCGAAAUUUUUGGACUCAAGGAAGCUCCUAAACCUCUUUGUUCUGUUGCAAUAUGUGCCAAGAGUUCUUCGAAUCUACCUAUCAUGGAAGAAACAUAUCAAAAGUUCCAGAAAACGGAUCUCUAAAAGAAUAUGGAUUAUUAAAGCUGCAUUCUAUAUUUUUCUAUAUAUCCUUGCCAGCCAUGUAGUUGGUGGCCUUUGGUACUUUUUCUCUAUCCAACGAGAGACGGCUUGCUGGCACUUAGCCUGUAAAAAUCAGAUUGGAUGUACUGGGAGAUCUUUUAAAUGUGGUCGCAAUUUAGGAAAUUACACAUUUUCAGAUGAUGUUUGCAAUGUACAAAUAUCAAAUACAACUCUAGUUGAUUUUGGAAUAUUCCUUGAAGCCAUUAAAUCUGGUACUGUGUCAUCCACAAAUAUUCCACAAAAGAUCAUGUAUUGUUUCUGGUGGGGCCUCCGAAAUUUGAGUUCUCUUGGUUCAAACCUUCAAACAAGUACCUAUUUUUGGGAAAACUGCUUCGCAGUUUUUAUUUCGAUCUAUGGUUUGCUAUUGUUUUUAUACUUCAUCGGUAAUGCGCAGACAUUCAUGCAGAUGGCAACCGAGAAGGCAGCAAAUAAGGCUAAAAAGCUAGAAAAGAUUGAAAAAAUAGAGUCCUGGAUGGCUAGAAAUCAUCUCCCUGCCAAUAUGAAAGAGCCGAUCAUCAACUGCAUACGACAGAGACUGAAAGAAAACAAAGAUUUGGAUAUGGACAAACUCAUCUCUCAUCUUUCCAAAGAUCUUAUAACAGAAAUCAAGCACCAUCUUUGUUUACCCUUGCUAAAAAAAGUUCCAAUACUUGAAAAUCAAGGUGAUCAAAAUCUACUGGAACGAAUCUGCGAAUCUCUCAAGCCAAAGUACUACUGUGAGGACAGCUACAUUCUCCGGGAGGGAGAACCACUGACUGUGAUGCUUUUCAUCAUGCAAGGUAGUGUAUGGUGCUUCAAAACUAGUAAUGAUGAGAAUGUUGAAGGAACCAUCUCAGAUGGCGUUGAUCAUCAGUCUAUUGAAAAAUUUGAGCUCUACGGAGAAGAACUUUUAGAGUGGAGGUUGAACCACUACCCCUCACACAAAAAAUCGCUCCCAACCUCCACCAAAACUGUCAAAACCCACUCAAAAGUUGAAGCCUUUGCUCUAACGGCCAAUGACUUGAAGCAUCUUGUUCCCAUGCAUACCUGAGCAGCUUCGAUCUGCUGCAAAAGCCUUUGCACAUGUAGUUAUCCGGCACCUUAAUUAAGGAAAACAAGAAUAUAAAUUUCUCCAAAAUGGCUAAGCAUAACAGUACUAGCUGUCUUUUGGAAAAUUCAUGACCAACUGUGCCACACACAUCUUUAGUUUUUCACUGUUAAUGUUAACGGUCGCCACUUUCAACAUCUUGAUCAUGUUUUUGUUUUUCUAGUCAGCUUAACUUGUACCUCCU